AUAAUUUUCAAAAAUAUAAAGAAUUAAUAAAUGAAAAUAUUGACAGAAAAAUUAUUCGAUAUAUUGCUUUUCAAUACGAAUAUACUAAAACGAAUAAGAAUCACAUUCAAGAUUUUUGUAUGUUAUGGACACAGCUGAGAUUGGGAAAUUAUAAAUAUGGUAAAAAAGCUUCAACAAUCAAAAGUAUUUUUCAAUCUAAAGAAAUGCAUGUUGAUUAUUAUAAUGGAACAUUUGACGACGCAAUUAGAUAUUGUAAGAAAGAUAGAAAUCAUUGCUCAAAACAUCAUCCUUAUUGUAGAUGUGAUUUUUUUGAUUUAACAAAAAUAUGUGACAAAUGUAACCAAAGUUGUUUAGAAUUUCGAACGUUUGCACGUGUCGAUAAUAAUUCAGAACUGUUUGAAUUUGGAGAAUUACCAACAAGUCAUAAUGUAGAAGGUUUUAAUCAACAUUUAGAAGAACAAAAAAAAAUAUGUAUACAAACAAUUGAAGAUAUCAAAGAACAAAUCAAACCAAUAAAUGAAAUUGUUAUAAAUACUUUUGUUAAUUCGGGAACUGCGCCACAUAUAAUCAAAGAACUUUACAAUACUAUUCGAGAAAGUCAAAAGAAAUCAGUCAAGAGGUGUUUUACUCCUUGCAACAUCUAUAUUUAUAGUGACUCGAGAAUAGGAAAGGAUUACUUGACACAAAUACUUUUCCCUGACGCAUAUCACAAGUUGCAAAAUGACAGAAAAUGGUUUGAGGGAUAUGACAAAAAUAAA